AUGGGGUCUAAACAAGCAGUAAGGACAAAAUCCAUAGUAGACCAAGAUCUGGAGCUGACUGUAGCCACUGGAGGAACAGAGGCCUCCUGCUAUCGCUGCACUUUACCAUUCAGCAUUGUGCUUCUGAUGAUUGCCAUUGCAGUUACAGCUGUAGCCUACAGCUUCUACUCCCAUGGUUCCAUCAUUUCCAUCCUAGGGCCGGUGCUGCUCUCCAGCUGUCUGCUGCUGCUGCUUCUGCUGCUUGGCCUUGCUAUGUUGCGCUGGAAGCUCAGACAGGGCCAAAUAAGGACAAACACUCAGCAUGUAAAUGCACUCUUGUAG